AAUCCGGCCGUCCAUAUGAACUCCCAUCAAAACACUCAUCCCUCCCCACCUCUUCAUCUCUUUUGCAAUCAUCCAUGGCAUCCCAAACCCUCAAACAACGUCUCAAAGAUGACCCCACCACCAUCACAACCACCAACACCAACACCACCAGAAACACCAGGUCCAAGAAGAUCGCCAUGGCCCGACGCGGCCUCAAAUCGCUAGCGGUCGCGAUCUUGGUCCCUUUCUCCCUGACCAUUGCAACCAUCUUCGCCUGCCGUUCGAUCUACAACGGGCCCACCGGACCAGUUCCAUACAUCCCCAUGUGGGCCAUCCACCUAGCCUCCUUAUCGUCAUCCUGCCUGAUGGGUCUAUCGGGUUGGCUCGUGUGGGCCGAGGGCGGAUUCCAUCAGCAGCCGCUCGCUUUGGCUUUAUACGUGGCUCAGUUCGUGUUAGGCCUGUUCCCGGGUCCACUAGUUUUCGCGAAGGGCGCCACACGUGCGGGACUGUUGGUGUGUGGUAUGCUUUUUGUGUCGAUUUACGGGUGUUCUUGGUGUUUUCGACGGGUGAAUCCGAUCGCUGCCGAUCUUGUGAAGCCAACGCUGGCGUGGGUGGCUUUUCUUGGAGUUAUGAAUUACAAGCUGCUUUGAAUGUGGUCUGUGUAAGACUGUAAGUAGGCUUUUUAAACUUUGUAUUUGGGCUGUUAGCCUUUUAAAUGGUUGUGUGUAUAUGAUCAUAAAGGUUUACUUCUAGGCAGAUGGAUGGUGUAUUUCAUUGA